GGAGUGGAGGGGGUCAGUCGACCGUCACUGUGCUCUCACUCGGGCCGCCCCCUGCUUUCCUUGCAGGGGCAGCGGCCCGCGCUCUUGCAGCAGCCUCACUUCCCGCCCCGGGCUGAAGCAGCCCGGCGGCGCUGCCAUAGCAACGGCCUGGACGCCCGGACCUUAGGCCAAAGCCGCCGCCGCCGCAGCCGCAGCCUGGGAACCCAUCUUUUUCCCGGGACCGAGAGUGCGGCGGCGGCGGCGGCUCGAGGAGCCAGGAGGAGACUGGAGACGCAGCAGAGACCCUGUCCUGAGGAGGCUGCACCAGCGCCCACCCCCUCCUGCAGCCGAGGGAUUGGCGCACCAACAUGGUAAGACGAGGCUGGGCGGCAGGCUGGAUGGAGCCCUCCGGGGAGGCGGGGUAUGCAGCGGCUCGGGGGCCCCUGCGGGCAGCAGCCAGUUAAGCAGCUAGCCCCGCUCGGGGCCAGCCUCCAGCCACCCUCCUUGCUUCUCUUCUCUUUCCUCCCUGUCAUCCUCCUCUGCAGCCCUUCCAGAAGCACGUCUACUAUCCGUUUGCCGGCGGCCAGGAGGGCCAGGCACCCACCUCCAGCUCGACGCUGCAUUGUCCGUCCGGCUCCACUGGGGCCGGAGUGGCCGGCAUGGCCUCGGCCGGCGCUGGGCCCUUCCCCUUCUUCCAAUUCCGGCCUCGGCUCGAGAGCGUGGACUGGAGGCGGCUCAGCGCGAUCGACGUGGACAAGGUCGCCGGCGAGCUGGACUUCCUCACCCUGCAGGAGAACAUCAUGAACAUCACCUUCUGCAAGCUGGAAGACGAGAAAUGCCAUCACUGCCAAUCAGGGGUGGACCCGGUGCUGCUCAAGCUCGUCCGCCUGGCCCAGUUCACCAUCGAGUACCUGCUGCACUCGCAGGAGUUCCUCACUGCCCAGCUGCAAGUCUUGGAGGAGAAGCUGCGCCUGGCCCUGGCCGACGUGGAGCAGGGCAAGAAGUUGCUGGCGAAACAGGCGGGGGAGAUGAGGGUGCUGAAGGACGAGUGCAAACGGAGGAAGAAGAUGAUCACCACCCAGCAGAUGAUGAUUGAGGCAAAAGCCAGCUACUACCAGUGUCAUUUUUGUGAAAAGGCUUUUAUGAAUCAUGCUUUUCUGCAAAGUCAUAUUCAGCGACGCCACCCUGAGGAGUCUCACUUCGAGUUUAGGAAGAAGGCACAGACUGACAGGUUGCAGAAUGAGAUAGACUUGCUGAAGGAACAAUUACAGCUCACCAAAUCUCAGUUGGAAGCUGAGCAGCAGGCUCAUGUGGUCAGAUUUUCUAAGGAAUAUGAAAUCCAGAAAUCAAAAGAGGAAGAAAUUCUGAAGUCAUUUGAUAGGUGGAAAGAGGAAGAAAAAGAGAAAUUAAUUGAAGAAAUGGAGAAAGUAAAAGAGAUGUUUAUGAAGGAAUUUAAAGAAUUAACUUCUAAGAAUUCAGCAUUAGAAUAUCAAUUAUUGGAGAUACAGAAGUCUAAUAUGCAGAUAAAAUCUAAUAUAGGCACAUUAAGAGAUGCCCAGGAGUCUAAAGAAGAAAGACCUCAAUAUCCACAGGACUUCCAAAAUGUGAUGCAGCUUCUUGAUAAUCAGGAAAGUAAGUGGACAUCCAGAGUUCAAGCCCUUCACCAAGAACACAAAAAAGAAAAGAGUCAGCUCCUGUCACAUAUAGAGAAACUUCGAACAUCUAUGAUAGAAGAUCUGAAUGCAAGUAAUGUUUUUUAUAAGAAAAGGAUAGAGGAACUGGGACAGCGUCUCCAAGAACAGAAUGAAUUGAUUAUUACUCAGAAGCAGCAGAUUAAAGAGUUUUCCAACAAACCAUUACACACAAUCAGUGAGCAGAAUGGGAAUCCUUCUGCAAGGCAGACUUUAGAAAGACCUGUACCAAUUAUACAGAUGAAUGUUUCAGCAUCAAAGAGUUUGGAUUCUAAAUCAAGUCAAACAGUUGUGCGUGGAAAGGAGAAUGGGAAGAAAUUAACUAAUAACAAACUGCACUUGAUAAAAGCUUUGAAGAGCAAUCCUUCUCUCACUAAAGAGUUAAGAACAGUCUUAGAGCAGACGUUGGUGGAGAAGCUGGAAACCUUGGGAAUUAACGCAGGUGUACGUGGUAUUCCCACUGAUCACCUGAAUCGAGUGCUAACUGCUAUUGACACUGUAAGGCAAGAGAGAAGAAGGCAAGUGCCUAACAUGCAGGAAAUCAGAGACUUUCUGGAAUAUCAAGUCAGCUGCAAGAUUGAGGAAAGAACCUCAGUGAAUCCAAACAGGCUUCUUAGCAACUCUUCUUUGAUUCUUUCAGAUAAGCCUAGCAUGACCCAGUUGGAAAUGUCCUCAUCUGGAGAGUUACCUAGAGUGACAAAGUCAUCUUCAAAAACUAAACAUCUGAUCAAACAAAAAUCUCUUGCUGCUGAGCGGAUACAUAUGCCAACAGCCAGGACAAGUACCUUAGAAGAGAAUUUUCUUAAAAAGUCUUCAAGUAUUUCGACUCCUCCCUUUAGUUCCGAGGAUGAAUUAGAUGAGGAUGGCAUCGUGCAGUCCUUCGUGUCACCAGAAUUGCUUCACAAGCAGUCUGCAAACAGCCUCCACACUUUUGGAAAUGAUGCUGCCAAAAGUGACACUGAUUGGACUGAAGGGAGUGAAAUUGAAGAUAACGAAAUCCCUUCGAAGCCUGCAGAAGGCACCUGCAUUAAGCUGCUAACUGAAAAAGUUGAAAAGACAGUGUCAAAUCACAGAAAUGUGAAUAAACCAGUUGGUGGAAUUAAUGUUGCUGAGGCAUUUGUCAAAAAAGAAGAAUCACAAGAAGAAUUAAAGUGUGCAGAUGUAGAUGAUGAUGACUGGGACACAUCAUCUUUGGAGGAGGAAAAGUCUUUGGAGAAGAACGUCGGAAAAAAACCAAGUGGGACCGCACUUAUAAAGGUUGAAUCUAAUACCACUCAUGUUACAAGUGCCUGGGGUGCAUAUACACCCAAAGUGCCCAAAGCAGAAGGACUUCAAGAAGCUGAUACAAGUACAUUAAAAAGCAGCUUAGUAACUGUAACUGACUGGAGUGACUCUUCUGAUAUAUAACUACCAUGCCUUGUCAGAUGUGACUCCCUGGUGCCAAUACUGAUUUCAGUAAUCUGUCCACAUGGUUCUAACUCUCAUGCCUUAUCGUAUUUCUCACAGUAACAAGGAAGCUUAUUCAGAGAACAAAGGUAUAUUUAAUGGCAUUUAAGUAUUCAUUGAAAAACCAACUCGAUAAGCCAACAGUAUUCUGAAGCAUUAGAGUGUUAAAAAAAAGACAUUUGCUGUUUUAAAAAAAAAACUUGUCAAUGCAUAAAACAUUUUUUCUUCAGAAUGGUACUCAAGUAGUAGCGUAUUUUUUUUCAAAUAAUUUUUAAAAAUCCGUUUUUAAAUACCUUUUACCCUCACAGGAUUUUUUUGUUGUUGAAAAUAAUGACAUUUUCAUGUUGCAAUUUAAAUUUUCACAUAAUUUAUGUCUCACUUUGUGUUAAGCUUCACAAUUCUGUUUGUAUUAAUCUUUUAAACCAAAUAACAGAAGUAAUGCAUACUUAAAACAUUAGACUGGUUAUUUUAAUAUGCAGUUAAUUCUACAAUUAGCAAGAUAUAGCUACAUAUGUUUAUGUACAUAUACAUAUGUAUAUGUUUAUAGGCCUGAGUUACUUUCAGUUUAAGAAUUGUAACCAGAACUGUCAGUGUAUGCAGCAUUGAGACACUUUAAGCAUGUUUACAAUGAGAACAUUUAUUUUAACAUAUACUGAAAUGCUGUUUCUGCAUCAUAGUGUACCUACUUUGGAUAUUUUGUGAGUAAAGUAUAACUUUUUAAAUGGCUAAUUAAGUUGCCUAAUAAUAUCAUUAGAAAAGACAGAGUCAUUACUAAAUUCAUAUGUAUAUUUGCGGUUAUUUACUUUUUACUUUUUAUAUUUUUAUUUUAAUAGCCAGCCUGUAUUAUAAAAUAUCUAACUUCAACAAAUUAAGUUGUAUUCUUGCCCAUAUGACACUUGUCAGAGGCCAGGAAAUUCAUAUCAAUUGUUUUUGCAUUUUUAUACACUCAAAAACCAAGCAUUUUUAAAGAUACUUUGUGUAUUUUGAAACAAAGAGACAUUUCAAUUAAAUGGCUAUGUUGAGGUUUUGAUUUUAUUUUCUCUUUAAUUGUAAACCUCUCAAGUAAAAUCCUACAUUGUA